AUGUGCCGGGGCUCCCUGGGCAGUGUGUCCGUGGCUGGGCAGUCACGCAGCGGACGAGCAAUGGGCUGCAUCAGCAGCUGUCCGGCUGUCCUGGAGUUUCUUGCCCCCAAACACCCCCCUGCGCCUCCGGACCCUUCCCCUUCCCGCCGCACCAGGAUCCACCGCCCCUGUUGGCGUUGGCGCCGCUGGAUGUCCCGGCGCGGCGGCACCGCCACCCAGUUCUGCCCGGCCCUGGCCCGGCCCCAGCUUCCCCCAGGGCUGGCAGGGAGCCAUUGCGUCGAGGCCGCCCCCUCCGUCCCUGCCUCCCCCGUGUCCGUCUCCUUCUCCCCGGGCUCCCCCGCCCGCCUGGAGCCGCUCGGCAGCCUGAGCGCCAGCACCGAGCCCACGGUGCCCUGUCCGGGUUGGGAGCUGCCAAGCCUGGCCCCGGAAUGGAGCGAGGGGGCUGUGGUGUCGGUGCCGGAGAUCACCUCGGCGGCCCAUCUCCGUUCCGGGAGUGGCGGGGACCGACGCACAGCCACAGCAGUGCCAGGUCAGAGCGGGACGGGCCAGUUGAGCUGGGGGGAGGUUGGGCGGCCGGGGCAGAGCGGUGACGGCCCGGUCUGGCCCACAGGGAAGGAGAAGGGGCGGCUGGAGGAGCUGUACCGGGAGGGGCAGCUACUGGGAAGCGGCGGCUACGGCUCCGUGUACUCGGGCACCCGCCUCUCCGAUGGCACCCCGGUGGCCAUCAAACAUGUGUCUCGGGAACGCGUCAGAGCGUGGGGUGAGCUGCCCAGCGGCACUCGAGUACCGAUGGAGAUCGUGCUGCUGAACGCCGUGGGCUCCUCCAGCUUCCGUGGCAUCAGCCGCCUGCUCGACUGGUUCGAGCUGCCGGACAGCUUCGUCCUGGUGAUGGAGCGUCCCGAGCUCGUGCAGGAUCUCUUCGAUUUCACGCUCGAGAGGGGAUCCUUGUCGGAGCAGGUUGCACGGGGGCUGUUCCGGCAGGUGCUGGAGGCUGUGCGGCAUUGCAACGCCUGCGGUGUCCUGCACCGGGACAUCAAGGCGGAAAACAUCAUCAUCGACCUCGCCACCGGUGAGCUGAAGCUCAUCGACUUCGGCUGUGGCACCUUCCUCCAGGACGCGGCCUACACCGAAUUUGCGGGAACACGUGUGUACAGACCGCCGGAGUGGGUCCGCUUCCACUACUACCACGGCUGGUCAGCAACAGUCUGGUCCCUGGGCAUCCUGCUCUAUGACUUGGUCUGCGGGGACGUCCCCUUCGAGCAGGAUGAGGACAUCGUCAGGGGCCAGCUCUUCUUCCCCCAGCCGAUCUCCCUUGAGUGCCAGCAUCUUAUCAGGUGGUGCUUGUCCUUGCAACCUUCAGACAGACCAUCCCUGGAGGACAUUUUCAACCACUCCUGGCUGCAAGGCAUUCACCAGCCCUGGGAGAUGGCAGACACCCACCUGCACGCUUUGGCCCGGGACCCUGCCACAUAA